AUGACCAUUUCAAACCCCAGCUCCAACGUCGUCCUCAUCACUGGCGCAGGUGGAUGGCUCGGCGGCAUUCUGUCGUCUGCGCUGCUCGCCGACCCGGAGACCCCAGACGUCAAGCUUAUCCUGGCCGACAUUGUGGAGCCUCAAGUCCCCGCCGGUGCCCCAAAGGGGUCCGUCAUCACGCGCAAGGCCGACCUCUGCGACCCCGCCGAGAUUGACCAGCUCUUCACCACCGCCCACGGCGUCCCCGACACCAUCUACUGCUUCCACGGCAUCAUGUCGCGCGGCAGCGAGGACAACUUUGACCUCGGUCUCAAGGUGAACAUUGACUCGAUCCGCGCCAUGCUCGAGCGCGCCCGCGCCGAGAGCGACAACGGCACCUCGCCCUCGCCCAUCCGCUUCAUCUUCACAUCGUCGCUCGCCGUGUAUGGCGGCCCCCUCCCCGACGUCGUCGGCCCCAGCACCAUCGCCACCCCCGAGGGCGCGUACGGGUGCGGCAAGCUCGUGUCCGAGAUCAUGGUCAACGAGUACACCCGCCGCGGCUACGUCGACGGCCGUAUCCUCCGUCUCCCCACCAUCGUGGUCCGCCCCGGCGUCCCCUCGGCGGCUACCUCUGCGUUCAUCUCCGGCAUCAUCCGCGAGCCCCUCAAGGGUCUCCAGGCCGUUUGCCCCGUCGGCGACUCGCUCCAGUCGCCCGAGCUCGACCUCGCCGCGUGGGUCGCGUCUCCCGAGACGACCAUCCGCAACUUUGUCAUUGCCAAGCACGUCCCGGCCAGCAAGUUCCUCGCGCACACGCGCGCCGUCUACCUGCCCGGCUUCACCACGACCGUCAGGGAGGAGCUCGACGCGCUGCGCGAGGUCGCGGGCGAGGAGGCGCUCAAGCUCGUCACGUUCAAGGACGACCCCACCAACCGCCGUAUCGUCUCGUCGUGGCCCGCGAGGUUUGACAACUCGUACCCCGUCGGCCUCGGGUUCAUCGCCGACGAGGGAGGCAUGGUCCCCAUUGUCCGCCGCUUCCAGGAGGCUGUCAAGGCGGGCACGGCGUAG